UGACCGCCUUAGUAGCGCAACUUUAUUCAAAGUUCAAACUUAUUUUUCUCUUCUAUAAUUGCCGUCUUAAUCGAGACAAUUCUUAAUCAAUCGUAAUAAUUGGUAAAUUACAAGGAUCACCGAUAAUUGGUGUAAUACAACCUGUACUAUUGUUAUGGAUGAUCACUGAUAAUCUGCUGCAGAACAGGUUUUCUUCAGUAUCCUGUUAAUUUUCCUCAGUAACAUAUUCUAGAUUCUCCCUCAGAAGAACCUUCCUUCCUUCGUCAGUUUUGAUUAGCAUCAGGAUUUUGGGAAAUGCAUGUUGUUUAAUGGUACUACAUGGAACAUUACCAAUAGCAACUCUUAAAGUGUAUGAGACAACAGUGAAUUAUUGUACGCAUAUUUAACAAAUUUAAACAAGUAAAAUUUGUUUUGAAUAUUAGAUUCAUACAUCAGCAGUGACAUCUGGUUGUAGUCCUUCAAGAUAUUGUACUUAAUUUUUAACAUAUUUAUUCGGUAAUUAUUUAUAAACAAUUUUAUGUUGGACUUGUGAAUUGAACACAUUGUCAUUACAGAGCAGGACAGGACAUAAAGCUAAAAUGAAUCCAGGACAUUCUUUAGAAUUUCCUUUGAAAAGUGAAACUAAAGGUGCAUUAUCACUACCUUCCAUAAAUCAAGAAAACAGCAACUUGGCUGCCUUUAGUGGAACCAGUGAUGAAGACUUUUUGUCUCAGGAUCCAUUGAUGGACAUCAAAAUAGAGUCAGAGGAAUUCUAUGAGUCUAAUGAAGAUGAUGAAUAUUCAUACGAAAUGGAGUCAACAGUGAAUGAAAAACAUCCACAAACUUGCAAAAAGGAAGUAAAACAAGAAAGAAGGAUCUGUGAUAAUGGAGAGAAGCCUUUCGUAUCCACUGACUGUGAGAAAGCAUUUUACAAAAAAAUUAAUCUUACAAAUGAUAUCACAAAUCCUACCAGAGAGAAAUUCAUAUGCAAUGACUGUGGGAAAGCAUUUUCCUGGAAACAUAAUCUUAUAGUUCAUAUGAGAAUCCAUACAGGAGAGAAGCCAUUCAUUUGCAAGGAAUGUGGGAAAGGAUUUGCCCACAAACAACUUCUUACAAGGCAUAUGAAAAUCCAUACUGGAGAGAAGCCAUUUAUGUGCAAAGAAUGUGGGAAAGCAUUUUCCCAGAAACCAAAUCUUACAAGACAUAUGAGAUUGCAUACUGGAGAGAAGCCAUAUAUGUGCAAUGAAUGUGGGAAAGCAUUUUCCCAGAAACCAAAUUUUACAAGACAUAUGAGAUUGCAUACUGGAGAGAAGCCAUUUAUGUGCAAUGAAUGUGAUAAAGCAUUUUCCCAGAAACCAAGUCUUACAAGUCAUAUGAGAUUUCAUACUGGAGAGAAGUCAUAUAUGUGCAAGGAUUGUGGGAAAGGAUUUUCCCAAAAACAUCAUCUUACAAUUCAUAUGAGAACCCAUACUGCAGAUAAGCCAUUCACGUGCAAUGAAUGUGGGAAAGCAUUUUCCCUGAAACCAAAUCUUACAAGACAUAUGAGAAGCCAUUCAUGUGCAAGGAUUGUGGGAAAGGAUUUUCCCAAAAACAUCAUCUUACACGUCAUAUGAGAUUGCAUACUGGAGAGGAAAAAUAAAAUAAAAUAAACCAGUUAAGGGUAGAGAUCUCUCAAAUUACCAACUAUAUGAGAGGUCAAAAUCACUCACAAAAUCUACUCAAGAAAAUAAGGAAAAUAAAGAAAAAAUACAGAAUAGGGGAUGAACAAAUGAAUGGAAAACUGGCAGAACACAAAGCCAAUAUAAAGGCUCUAGCUUCACAAAUAGGAAACAAAUAACAGGAGAUAAAAGUAAAACAGAUAAAUAGGCAGUUUGGUGAAAAUCCAAGGAUUGUAUAUAGAAACAUGACGAAAGAAACUGGAGGUACGAACACCGCCAAGUAAGGAAGACGGUGAGAGAUUUUGGAAGCCACUGUUUGAAGACCCUAGACAAAACCAAGAGAAUUCAUGGAUUGACACCAUUAGGCAGAAGAACAACCAGAAAUAGCAAAUGCCACCAAUAAGCUUCAUCAUCGAAAAAGUAACAACUAAAAGAAUAUUGUCAUUUCAAGACCCCAGCAACAGGCAAGAUCUCAAAUUUCUGGCUUAAAAAGAUCACAGCACUACAUCACACUUAUGCACAAGCUUUCUCAAGAGUAGCUCACAACAAGAUCAAGGCAAAUAUAUGGAAAAAGAACGAAAGAGAUGCACAAGAAACAAAUUAGGCACUAAAGAUCAACUGCUAAUAAACAAAACAAUAUUAGAAGAUUGUAAGAAAAGACAAAGGAAUCAUAAAAUGGCUUGAAUAGAGUACAAGAAGGCAUUUGACUCUGUGCCGUGCACCUGGAUAUUCAAAUAUAUGGAAUUAGACAACAUCAAUGAGGAAAUAAGAUCUUUCUUGGCAGCACAGAUGAGUAAGUGGAAGACCACUCUCUGUCUAAAACACUCUGAGGGCCAGAUAGUAAUUCCAGACAUAAAAAUCCAAAGAUCCUUUCACGACUUCUAUUCUGCUUGACCAUAGAUCUGCUUAGUAAAAUCUUGAGCAACAUUAACGCUGGCUGUGACCUUAGUAAAAGUAAAAGCAGAAAAGAGAAUAAAAGAGUGAACCACCUGCUCUUCAUGGAUGACCUGAAGUUGUUUGCAGAUUCAGAAGAAAAACUGGAAGAACAAGUUAGGACAGUCCACCAAUUUUCAAAUGACACCUGCAUGGAAUUUGGGUUGGACAAGUGUGCCAAGAGUACAAUAAAGAGAGGGAAGAGAGUAACAUCAAAAGGUAUAAAAGUAGAGGAAGGCAUAUCUGUUGAAGACCUGGCGGAGGAUUCUGCAUAUAAGUACUUGGGAAUAGAAGAAAACACUGGUAUAGAACACAAAAAAAGUGAGAGAAAAGAUAAAGAAAGAAUACAUCAGCCACCUCAAGAAUUAACACCAAAGAACAAGACCACUGUCAUAAACCAGCUGGCAAUAAUACCAUUGGUGGCAUGUGGUUUUGGCAUUAUAGACUGGGCACAAAGUGAGUUAGACAGGAUGGAUAUUAAAAGAUUCUCACCCUACAUUAAGUCAUAUACAGACACCAGUGUAUGGACAUAAUAUACCUCCCUCACAGAGAAGGUGGAUUAGGCCUGGCUGAGAUCAACCAACCCUACAGAGCAGCAAUAAUAAGUCAAGGGUAGUACUUAAAAAGCUCUGAGGAUGAAAACAUAAAAAGGUUGCCCAACACCAUAAUAGAGCCCUGAGCCAACUAACAUCAGUAACAAAACAGGCUAAGAACUUCGCAGGAGAUUUGCUGGAAGACACAGAGGGUACUGAACAGACUCCAGCAAAAACGAUAGCCAGGAAGACCAAGCAGAAAUACAGUCACAGAGAGGAAAAACUUAGAAUGGAAAGGUGGAAAGACCAUGGAAGGGCAGGAAGAUUUCAAGACGAACUGGAAAAAAGUUAAAUAGACAAAGAAGAGUCACUCAGAUGGAUAAGAAAUGGAGAUCUAGGUUAUGAUGGAGAAAGACUGAGAAUAGGAGCACAAGUUCAAGGCCUCCUGACAAACAGCUUCAAGAAAAUGGUGGGUAUAUCAGCAAAUGACCAGUGUAGGUUUUGUCAUGCAGUGGGUGAGAUUGGGAAUCAUCUGAUAUAAGCCUGUGAAACCCUGCUUGCAGAUGGUCACUACACAGCCCGCCACAACAAGAUCUGUAAAUAUAUACAUUGGAAAAUAUGUAAAGAAUACAGAACUGAAGUGAAAGAAAAAGUGUGGGAGUAUGAACCACAUCCAAUCACGUCCAACAGGAAGAUAUAUAGAAGGAGGUGCUAUAAGACCUGCUAUUGCCAUCUGGAACAAUGAGGAAUAAACAGCAAAGAUUAUAAAUGUGACAGUACCCAGUGACUUUGGCCUCAAUAGAGCUUAAAGGCAUAAAAUAACAAAAUGCCAAGACCUGAAGAAUGACCUGAAAAGCACAUGGGAACUGAAGGAAAUAGAAAAAACAAUACUUUUGGUGGUAGGAGCAACAGGACUUAUAAACAAAAACCGGAGAAAAUAUCUUCAGGUUAUAUGAAAUUCCCCAGUAUAAAUGAGGUGCAGAUUGCUGCCCUCAAAGCGAUGGUAAACACCUUGAAACGAGCCCUUGGAUAUAAGGCUAGUGGAAUAUGAAGGUGCAAUCAUAGACCCCAGGCUGGAGCCCAUUGCACCCCUGAUAUAAAUUGAAAAUUAAGAAUAACAUAAGCCAGAGAGAAACCACAUUGUUGCUCUACAUGUCAAAGAAGUUUUCUCAACCAAGUCCUCUCAAAAGACACGAGAAUUCACACUAGACAGAAACUGUUUACUUGAUCUCUGUCCAAGUAGUUUUUAUUACAUGAUUUUAUUUAACUUGACUCCUGCGUCUGUUUUGAAUGAAGGUGUCUCAAAAGGUGUGUGAAAACUCCUGCUAGAAAGAAGUCAUAUCCUGUAUCUGUACUUGGUUUCCAAGAGCUCUUUUUCAUUGGGUUUUUUCAUUAGGUUCAUCUUAGAAUGAAUGUGUUAACUCAGAAGAAAGGCGUCAUACUUCCACACGAUGUUGAAACAGUUUUUCUCUUGUAGAUUCAUAACAUAUGUGAGCACUCAUGAAGGAUAGAUAUUGUUCAUUUACACUGCAUGUUGUACUUUUGUCUUGUAUUCUGCAAAUCACAGUCAUUGGCUCUGAAUGCCAGACUGUUUUUCUUGUAUCAAAAUGCACAAGCAAAGUCACUCAUCAGAGAGGAUGUUCAGUUGCACUGACAGAUUUGUUUAUGUUUUGCACCCCAAAGUAAGUUGCACUUGAUAGGGAGAUAAUUAUUGUGAACUUGUCUGCUAAAUCUAUAGAAAAAAAGGCAACAGCAACCUAAGGGACGAUAAAAAGAAAAGCCACAUAUUUUUAUGAUCCAAUUGAUGACCAUCAUCAUUGCUGUUACUCAAAGAAGAGAAGGAGAAUCUGGAGGAGGGUCUCACUGAAAAUGCAGAUGAAGGCUCUUCAUUUGCAGAGUCUUUAUUAGAAGUCAAGGCAGAGCCAAAGUAUUUUAGCCAGAGUGAAUUUGAUGCAAAAUGGUUGUGUAACCUUUAUGCAAAGGUAAAAUAAAUAACUGUUUUUUUCUUACAAUUGUUUUCAAUGAACACUGUACAGUGCUAGGUUAAGAAACUUUCAUUUGCC